AGAGCAUGGGACGGGUACCUGUACCGAUAAUGUUAUCGGUUCGGGUACCCGAUAACCAAUAAGGACAAAACCAAUAACCGAAACCGAUCCGAUAAGGGACGGGUACCCAUAAAUUCGGAUACCCGAAAAUACGGGUACUCGAACCCAAAUAACCGAACUGAACCAAUAAGCUUCUUUUUUUUUUUUUUUUUUUCCCUUUAAAAUACGGGAAGCAGGAAGAGAGAAGAUGGUCACUGGUGAUGAUUUGCGGGCGGUGGAGGUGGUGGUUCAUGGAGUUUUUCGGCGGAAGAUGGUCGUUGCGGGCGGAGGAGCAGGAGUUGCAGGUAGUGAAGUAGAGACGGAGGCGUUCUGAGGUGAUGUCCAUGUUGGGUAAGUCGCGAGCUUCGUGGAUUGUGAGGUCAAGAUCUCCGUAGAGGUACACCAUUUUUUUCUUCUGCCAUUAUUGAGAGCUUGGAGAUAGCCACAAUGCCCACAAAAGAAGGGAGGGGGAGGAGGAGGAGAGAGAAAGUGGGAUGGAGGUGAGUGAGAAAUCAGAAAUGAGGAAAAAACGAGAAUUAGGUUAUUUAUUUUUAUUUUUUUUUAAAACAAAACACGGGACUUUCAUUUAGCAUUUUUAAAUUUUCGGGUAUUUCGGGUACCCGAAACUGUCUUAACGGGUACCCAAUACCCGUCUCGUUAAUUUCUUAUUGGUUCGGUUACCCGUCCAAAAUUAUUUAGAUGGUUCGGGUACCCAAUUAUUCGGAACGGUUACGGUUCGGGAUUUCGGGUUUUUGGAUAUUUUUGCUCAGCCCUACAUCACUAGGUUAUUGAUUUUUUUUUUGUUUACAGGUCAUUUAAUGUUGUAGAAUGAAAUAAGUUGUGCAUAGAUAUGCAACUUUAAAUUCACAAUUUGUGCUUAACUUUUGUAUUAACUUCUAUCACUAUAAUUUGGUGUUGUAAUAUUAUCACAUUUCGCUCUUUUAAUAAUAAUUCAAUACAAGUUUAGCCCGUGUAUCGCACAGGCUGAAUACUAGUUUUCUUCUAAUAUAUGAGGAACAACUUGAUUUCUAGAUUUUCAAUUACUACAUAAUGAUUUUAAACAAUUAUUCAAAAUUUAAACAAACAAAUAUCAAAAUAAAAAAACUGAAUACAUCCCGUGAUAACUUCCUAAUAUUUAUAUUUCUCCAAAUUGAGAGUUUGAAAUGCUAUUUCCAUCAUCAAUUGAAUUUAUUUCAUAUCCAACAUAAUUGCAAAAUUUAGGUUGAUUUUAAUAGAAAAUUUUGAGUUCUUCAUAUUAUUCAUCAAUGGAGUUUGAAUACGCCUCCAUCAUCAAUUGAAUACGCCUCUAGGAUUAGGUCUUUCUCUUUUUUCUAAUAGCGAAAUUUUCUUUUCCUACUGCAUAGUUUCACUUUCUCUCUCCUCUGGCAGAGUAGCAGCGUACAUCAAUUGAGAGGAAAUUAAUUUGGCAUGUGCGAACUACCCGAUCUACAUUAACAUACUGUAAACCGGGGGCAGGAAAAAUCCUUACAAUACAGUAAUACCAACUCAAAAAGUUUAAAAUAAAAGAACAAACACUGAUUGGGGGAUGGAAAACCGAUUUUCCUCCGUCAAACAAAGGUCAUAACGACUGUGUUAAAAAAAAAAAAAAAAAAAAAAAAGGUCAUAACGACUCUAGCUUCCAGUCAAAAUCCCUAACGCCUUUCAUAAAUCAGGACACAAUUUUUGGUAUUUUCACACACACUCUUAAUCAGGAUGGACAAAGGAAAGAAGCUGGGUAAUUCUAAUGUGGUGGCCAAGCCGGACAAGAUCUAUAUGGAUCUCAGAGAAAUAAUCCAAGAGCACGCUAUCCGUUACCUUCCUGCUAAAUCUCUUUGCAGGUUCAAAGCCGUGUGCAAAGGCUGGAAACUACAGAUAUCAAGUCCAUUCUUUGAACACAGCCAAUCGUUUGCUUUUCGUUCUUUGUCCGGCUUCUUUUGUCAGUCUUCUGAUGGCUCUAUCUCCUUUAUAUCCCUUGAUCCAGUGGCAUAUGGAAUCCCAGACCCAAAUUUGAAGUUCUUGCCUGAGCCUGUUGAUUUGCUUGCAUCAUCUCAUGGCUUACUCUGCUGUCGAGGUCGCACUAAUGAAAAGGCAUAUUAUAUUUGCAAUCCUGUCAACCAGUGCUGGAAGAAACUUCCUAACCCUGAAGCUAACCAUGGACAGAACACAACUGUGGUACUUGUAUUUGAGCCAUCACUGCUAAACUUUGUGGCUGAUUAUAAACUGAUUUGUGCUUUUCCCUCCACUGAUUUUGAUGGUGCUUAUGAGUUUGAAAUCUAUUCAUCACUUGAGAACUCGUGGAAGAUUUCCUCUGAGAUUUACUUUGGCGAAAAGGGAAGGAUAUUGAAGGGAGGUGGCUUUCAUCUGAACGGGUUUGUGUACUGGUUGGCAAAUAAUCAUGUGAUUGGUUUUGAUCUAAAGAAAAAUCGUGUGAAAGUGAUCCCAUGCUAUGGAAUGUAUGGAACGCGUACCUUGGGCAAUGUGGACAGAAAACUUUGUGUAUCACACAGGAAAGGUUGUGAACUAAGCAUAUUGGUGUUGUCCAAUGAGUAUGCAAAUACCAUGCAUAUGGGAGCUGAAUGCAAGACAUGGGAACUGAAAAAAUUUAUGCUAUAUAAUAAUGCAGGUACUGGCGAUAAUGCAGCAAAUGAUUGUGAAGUAAAUCUUUUGUCUGUGGGAAGCGAUGUGAUUGUGUAUCCAAAAGGCAAAAAAUUCUUGUCCUAUGGUCUUAGUACUAAAGAAACUACAAAUGUGAGUACUAAGGAAGAAUUUAACAGAAGCAGUGUUUAUGUUCCUUAUGUUAACAGCCUAGUGUGCCUUUAGUGACUGAUGCAUCAGACGGCCCAGGGAUCAACUUUGAGUUUUAUACCGGUGUUUGAUGAACAGGAUUAUUACUUAUGUAUAUACUCAAACUUCUGGCACUUGCUGUGUAAUUGUCUGUUAGACUACAAAGGUGACCGCUAAGGAAGAAUUUUAACAGAAGCAGUGUUUUUGUUCCUUAUGUAACAGCCUGGUGUGCCUUUAGUGACUAAUGCAUUAGACAGCCCAGGGAUCACUUUGAGUUUUAUACUGGAAAUUGGUGAACAGGAUGAUUCCGUAUUACAGUAUUAUCUUGCCUAAUAUGAUCAGUAAAAUUCUUGGUUUCAGAGUAUUAUUCCUAUGUAUAGUAUAUGUAUCUAAAUACAUGUUGAAUUUAGUUAAGCUAUAUGAUGUAUCUAAAUUUUCUGACAUAAAUGUUGUAUCUCCAUAUUUUACAUCUGUGACAGUGAAUGACCCUUAUUAAAGAUUUACCCAGCU